AAGGAGAACAAGGAUAAGGAUGAGUCCGUUGAGGGAUCUGGUGAAGCUCCCAAGAGCUCUAUUGGGGGUAUCCCUAAGGUGUUCCCAAAGCUUCCCAAGGCUCCAAUAGUUCAGCCGCAAUCCCUCCGAAGUAGAGAGGCUAUUGUUAUCGAUGACGCACCAACACUGCCGCAAAUUCCGACUGCUCCAGAGGUCCCCGAAGGUGGAUUUUUGCCAGCUGACAUUCGGCGGUCACCACAGUCAGUGUCAAAUGUUGCUUCUUCUCUGGAUGAUGACGUAGAUGGACUGAAUGAUGAUGACGAGUUCGGAGGACUUUCGGAGGAGACGUCUUCAUCUUCCGGUGGUCUCAUUGGAACUAUCUUCAACCUAAUCAGCAUGGGACAGAAGAAAGCCACCGAAGCCAAGAAUGGAGGAACUCCAGAUGAUAAGAAUGCACUUGGAAAAGCCGUUUCAAGUUUGAUCGGUGGCGAGAACAGUCCAUUACCAGGCAAGAACAUGAUCUCAAAUGUUUUGUACAAGGCGCUUACGUCCAACAGUUUGCAAUCUAAUGACACGGGAUCUGACAACGAUCCUCCUCCACUUACCAACCUCACCCUCACCCCAGCACAAUCAGCGGCCAUCACUGAGAACUUGGAGAUGGUCCAAAACUUCAUUAUCCAGCCAUCUUCACCCCUCUGCACGCACAAACCCGAACCAGUCGGUUUCGAACUACAGUCAUUCAUGGGACAAUGGUACCAGGUAGUCUACAGCCCUCCGUUGUCCUCUGGACAAUGUAGCAUGGUUGCUUACAAAAAACUGAAUGACGUCAAUAAUGGAGGACCAGGGUCAAUUUUCGAGAUCUUCGAGUACACUACUGACGGCACACCGUACGGAAAACCAAAGAUCAGCUCUGGCUAUGCGAUGAUCAAAUCCCCAGGAGAGCUCAUCUACAGGACAACCUCGAAUCAGGAAGACGUCAAUGGUAAGCUGUAG